UGUAGUCUACUCUUGUGUUUCAGUUGUUAGCUACAAGGUAAAUGAUGAAGGACGUCGUAUGUGAAUUUGGACGAUAAAAUAUUCGCGAUGUAUUUUGUAAUAUGAUAAUUCACGAGGGUGUUUAUGUAGUUCACAUCGAGUGACAUUUUCAACGUUUAAUUAUAACUAACUUUACGUAUUUUUUAUUACCAAUGCGGUGGACAAGGUUGAUAUGGGAAACUAUUUGAUACGAUAAACUCGUCGAGAUGAAAUCUUACCAAAUCAUCGCAGUAUUCUCAAUUCAUCUCGUGUUCCUGAUCUAUUCAACGAACACAGCAGAUGUCAUCACUGCCGAUCCUAAGAUAACGAUUAAAGCCGAAGAUGGUAAAAACAUCAUCGAUACUAAAACUACAGCUGAUAACAGCUCCACCAGCACAAGUAAACCAUCACUGUCGCCAGCUCCAGUCGUCGAUACCAACUCUAGCAUUACUAAUACAUCUUCUUCUGCGUUGAAUGAAACCGUAUCGAAAAAUGGUACCGAAGCUGAGAACGCUACGACGACCGUAGAAGAGUCACCGGUCACCGUCGUUAAUGCUACAAAUGCUGCCACCAACGAGACCUCAAAUGCUACAUCGACCGAGGUUACCGUACCAGGUGAACCCGUUCUUCCGGAGAAAGGAUCAGCCGAAGAAGAACGUACCAGUUCGAUCGCAAUAUUCUUCGUAUUAUGCGUUUUAGCUCUCGGUAUACUGCUAAUACAUUUGAUGCUUUUGACGCAUUUCCAGUAUUUACCCGAAAGCAUAGCUAUCGUAUUUCUGGGCGGUUUAAUCGGUCUAAUAUUGAACCUUAUGUCGGAUCAGAAUAUAGCUAAUUGGCGUAAGGAAGAAGCAUUCUCGCCGACAGCUUUUUUCCUCGUACUACUACCGCCGAUCAUUUUCGAAUCCGGUUACAAUCUGCAUAAAGGUAACUUCUUCCAGAAUAUCGGUUCGAUUCUGGUAUUCGCCAUACUCGGUACUACGAUCUCAGCUGUGGUUAUCGGUGCCGGUCUCUACGUACUCGGUUUGGCUGAAAUGUCUUACAAGCUCAGCUUCGUCGAAAGUUUUGCGUUCGGUUCGUUGAUCUCGGCUGUCGAUCCGGUCGCCACUGUGGCUAUAUUUCACGCUUUGGACGUAGAUCCGGUCUUGAAUAUGUUGGUUUUCGGCGAGAGUAUUCUAAACGACGCUAUCGCGAUUGUCCUCACGACAUCUAUAUUACAAUCAAAUAACCCAACUAUGUCUACCUCCGAAGCUGUAAUGACCGGUAUAAGUCAAUUUUUCACCACGUUCUUCUGUUCGGCCGGAAUCGGAGUAUUGUUCGCGUUGACCAGCGCUUUACUCCUGAAAUACGUCGAUUUACGUAAACAUCCUUCGUUAGAGUUCGGUAUGAUGUUGGUUUUCACCUAUGCACCUUACGCUCUCGCCGAAGGAAUACACUUAUCAGGAAUUAUGGCGAUAUUAUUCAACGGUAUUGUUAUGUCUCAUUACACCCAUUUCAAUCUGUCCACCGUCACGCAAAUCACAAUGCAGCAGACCAUGCGAACGUUGUCAUUCAUCGCCGAAACUUGCGUAUUCGCGUAUCUUGGAUUGGCAUUGUUCAGCUUCAGGCAUAGAUUCGAACCGGGCUUGGUCAUUUGGAGUAUUGUACUGUGCCUGAUCGGAAGAGCUUGCAAUAUUUAUCCUUUGGCCGUGCUGUGUAAUAAAUUCCGAGAACAUCAGAUCAAUAAGAGGAUGAUGUUUAUUAUGUGGUUCAGCGGUUUACGUGGAGCUAUCUCAUACGCAUUAUCUUUACAUUUGGAAUUCAGCGACGAAACUCGUCACGUCAUCAUUACGACGACGCUAAUUAUCGUCUUGGUUACCACCUUGUUAUUUGGCGGAUCAACUAUGCCAAUUUUGAAGGUUUUAUCGCAGAGUAAAACAAACGGUCGCAAAACUAGUCGUAAGAAGUUCCGGGGUAAAGCCAUAUCGCUGAGUAAAACCAAAGAAUGGGGUCAAGCUAUCGAUUCGGAGCAUCUGUCCGAGUACACGGAAGAAGAACUAGAGGUGAAUUUCAACCAGAGUCGAAUUAGUGGAUUCGCGAAAUGGGAUAUUAAAUACUUCACGCCAUUUUUCACGCGACGAUUUACACAGCAGGAAUUGAAAGACUGCAAAACUCAGAUGACCGAUUUAACGAAUCAAUGGUACCAAGCUAUACGAAUCUCGUCGAACGACUCGGAAGAGGAUAAAUCACGUUCACCCAGUUGACAAAUGGACUCGCCGUUGGUACUGAGCUUUUGAAUAAUGCAUUGUUGUCGUUUUGUCCUUCCAAGAAGUCAUCAUCCUCCGAGUACCAACACAACGUUAAUUCGUUAAUUUCUCUUUCAUCGAGCCUUCCUGCACCGGGUAGGCCGAUUUAAAAUUUUACCUUUAUUAUUUUUUUCUACAAGUUACGAGUAUACACAAUAUUUCGAGCAUUCUCGACGAUAAUAUUAUCGAUUUAAAUCGUCGAAAAAUUCGUUGAAUCGAGACGAUCACGAUCGUUUGGGUAUUUUAUAUAUUUUCUCGUCGGGAGCUUUUUCGAGCUCGCGAAUUUUAUACUUACGCGGACUAUUUUUUAGGUCAUAGUUUGUUUUUAGUAUUUCAAUUUUCGUCGUACCUAUAUAUUGUUGUUCAAUGAUGUUCAUUAUAAUAUGUAAUUACUCGAGAAAAUGUGGCCGAUGAAGCUGAAUGGAAAGCGAAGAGACCAGAAGAGAGGUUAUUUGAGGCGAAUGUCGGUCGUUCGCGAGUAAAAAGUUGUUUAAAAUUCAUUAUUCUACUUAUUGUUUGGUGAGACGAAACGAUACGAGAUGGUGGCGCGAGUAAACUUUAUAAAUUCUCAAACAAAAUAAGGUUUCUUUUCACUGUUUUUCUAUUUAUUUUUAUUUUUUUUUUCGAUGGAAAAAAAUAAGAACAGGUCACACGGCGUGACGAUGCUUUUAUAUAUACGAUUUCGUUGAGGUUGUUUGUUUUUAGAAAUACGCGUUGUUGAGAGUGAAUUUCGCUCCAAACAGGAGAAGGAGAAGUUGGAAAAAAUGCUGAGUGGAGGAGGAAUUUGUUUCCAGAUUUUUUCCUUCCUAUGUGUGAUUGACGAUUCGAUUAAACGCUUGCAAGGGGGGGGGGGGGGUUGCAUAGCCUGAUGAGUUCUGUUCUUGAGCAUAAUUUUCUUUCUUCUAUUUUUUUUUUUUUUUUACAUAUUUUUUGUUCAAUUUUUUUUGUAUCCGGUUCAAAACUUUUCUUUUUCAAUUUCACAAAGAUAUUGAGAUAUAUUGAUGGUGUAAAGGAAACGCCAAAAUUACCUCUUCAUUUCAUUGUAUUUUUAAGCGUACUUAGAAUGAUUUAAAAUUAAGAUUAAAAUAAGUAUUUUUUUUUCUUUCGGAUGAUUCCACUAUCGCACGCCGUCCAUUUUAUUGCUGAUUUUUAUCAACGCACCGGCGUAGAUAAAAACAGAAUUAUUAUUAAUUUUUUUCUUCUUCUUGAAUUUUUCUUUAUUAUUUUUUUUCUAUAUUUUUCGAGGUUUUUUUUUUACCAAGUAGGGGGGUCUGGUAUCUGGUGGUGAAAUUUUCAAAUUUGGAAUGGAUGAAAAAGUUCUGAAAUAUUUUGUCAAAUUCUGAUGGUUCUGAUCUAAUGAAUGUUAUUAUAAAAUGACCAAUUUCGAGAGAUUUUGUUGGUGAAAAUUGCCAUUUUCAAAAAUACCACCGCCCUGGUCUGAUUUUUUCAUGAUAAUCGACGAUGCUCAAUAUUCGUGCAGAUACCGGACACCCUGUAUAACGCGUGCUUAAAUAAUUUCAACGGCGUAGAUAUGGAUAUUUUUGAUCAUUUUGGACGAAUCUACCACGUUUUUAGUCUUAAUUUUAUUUUCUAAUAUUUUCCCCCAUUUUUUCGAGUAUAAUUUUUGAGAAAUGGUAUCAAUCAGGGUGACCAACUGACCUUUCAAAGGUUAUUUCUGAUCAUCUACCUCGAUAAUUAUUUUUUGGGGAAAUUUUAGGGUCAUUUUACGUGUCUACUUUAUCAAAGUAUGGACCUCAUUGGCUUUUGUGUUUCGAUUUUUGAUGAUCUUAUGGUUUCGAUGUUACUUCUGUCAUGUUUAUGGAGAGAUCUGAGUAGUUUAAGAGGGUCAGAGGGGGGAAAUAAGGUCAUGUUCGCAUUCAGCGUCCUAAAAACAUACCGUUCGAUGUAUUGCUUAACUUACUCAAUAUUUUCAAGAGUUGACCCCAAUAAGUGGGGGGGGGGGGGGGUGCUGGAAGAGUGGAAUCAAAAAAAUAAGUUCAAAUUCGUGUUCAGCUAGUUCGAAAACAUACAUUUUGAUAUGUCGCAUGAUAUCGACCUUUUUUUCAAUAUUGACCCCAAAUUUGGGGAGGGGAUGCCCUGUCAUAAAACUGCCCAUUUUGAAAAUACCAUAUUAUUUCGAACUGAGAUAAAAAGUCAACAUGAAACCAUUUUUUCAGUACUCAAAAUUACUUUUAGCUCUGACUCCAACUUUGAGUUCAAAAUUUCAAAGUGGAACUUUCCAUGGAGAUGCCCCCCUCUCACCCCUUCCCUCGUUUCUUUCUAAGGGAGUUUUGGACUUGCUGAAAUAUUUUUCAAAAUUUUGUUUGAAUUUUUGGAAUUUGUAAAGAAUAUUUUGAACAAAAUUGAAAGACAUUAAACCAAGUCGAAAAUUUUAUUUUUCGAUCAAGUUGACCUAAAAUGACUCUUUGGGCAAAAUUUUCUGUUCAGGGUCCAAAGCACAACACUCAAGAUUGAAAUAUCCCUACACUUGUGGAAGAAAAAUUUCUUUUAGUGUUUAUUUCUGCUUUUCUAAAGGGUAGGCAAGCAAAUCUACUUGUGUUCAACAUGGGUUGCCUACUUUCCAAAUGAAAGGAGGUGAGGAACCUUCGAAACAACCUGUACUUUGACUAUUGGCUCAAUUUUGAGUGGAUGAGUCGAAUUUUAUUACCAAUAAAAUCCAAUGGUCACCCUGUUAAAAUACCUUUUUCAUUUCUUUAAUAAUUUUUAAAUGCACUCGCCUUUUCUUCUGCUUUGAAAAAGAACAUGCGUAUGGCGCGUUUAUUAAAUAAUUCUUCCUAUUUUAAAAAUUUUAAUUUUAAAUACCAGUUCUACCUAUAUUUUUAUUGAUAUUCGUGAGUACUGUUAUCGUGAUGGAGUUCUGCACAAAGUCAUUAAGAUUUAGGGACGUUUAAAAAUUAAUUAUAAGUAACGUAGGUAUUUCGUAAUGUAGAAAAUGGUUUUCCUUACAGUCUAUUUACUUAGUUACCUUUAUUUUCCUUUUUUUUUUCUUUUUAAAAUUCGUUCUAAAAUAAGAAUUGGGUGGGUUUUUACUUUUUUUCAAUCAAAUGUGGUUACCAAACGUAAAUCGGGUAUUUUUGGCGGGAAAAAAGUCGUUGGGAUUGCUUGCGAGGGAAAAAUUGGUGGAAAUUUUUUAUCUGGUCUCUCGAUGUUGGAUUAAGUACUCGACUCGACUCGUGACUUUGGAUCUGACGAGGUCACGUUCGAAAAAAAUUACAUUUGCGAAUCAGGUAACACUGCUCAAUGAAUAAUUUGAAUUUUUCAAAGUGCUCUUCUGGGCUCGACAGUUUCAAAAUUGCAUUGCUGCACAAAAAUGGUUCAUGAAUUUAUCAGUUUUGAAUUUUUAGUGCUCUCAGGAGCUAUUCGUUGGAUUCGGAAUAAUUCGUCAGUUCUAAUUUAGACUGAUUUGAAGUAUGAAAGAAUAGCUAUAUUAUCUUGUUUUUGUACUCGUAAUCGUUUAAAUAGAUCCUCAUACGAGACCUCUUCCCUCCACUUAAAAAAAUAGUCCCAAUUUACGAUACACUUACUUCGUGAUAUACCCAAAAUUGUUACUUUUUUUAUUUAUUUGGCAGAAGCAUGAAGCAAUUUAUACGAACGAAAGGCUCCUUUCACCAUAAUACGAUUACAACGAAAGUGAGGUCGAGUUGGGGGAAAAAAAUGGAAGAAAAUCUCGACAAAUCCGCUAGAGAUAUUCAACCGCGGUAAAUUUUUAAUUUAAAGGACGUGUCUUUUUAAAGUACGACGACGAGUACCUGGUUAUAUUUAACAAGCGAAAAAUAGGCCGAAGAAAACGAACGUCGUGAAUUUUUCAUUAAUCGAAAUAUUAUAUACCAUAUUACCUACAUUGAUAAUGAAAUAGAAUGGGUGGGAAAAGGGCGAAGGCUGGAGAACUUUUUUUUUUUGGUAAUCGAUAUCUUCAGUAGUCAACGUGUAAUUUAAUAAUAAAAAAACGAACCGAGUAGCUAAAGUCGAGUCAUUUAAAUAAAAUAAGAAAAUAUAUACCCACUUGCGUUAGUAGGUAAUUAUUUUGAAAUGUUUGAAUUAAAGCGACGAGUAAUUGAAAGGGUACCCUGGUGCCAAAAAGUCUCCUUUUUUGUGUGUAUAAGACGAAACGAGGGAGGGAGGGAGGGAGGGUGGUUCUGUUAAUUUUAUCCUUGUUUUUAUUUUUCCUUUCUUAUUUGACGAACGAGGUGAAAAUUAAAGUUACGAACCUGUACGAGAAUUUAUAUUUUUAGAAUUUUUUUUUUAUUCUUCGUGUAUCUAAACAUUUGAAAGACCAUCGAAACGAGUAUGUGACACAAUGUUGCGUUCAUUAGGCCAUUUUAAAAGCUAUUUUAGGAUUCAAUAAAAGGUGGCCACAUGUAAUAAUUUUCUCAUCUGUGAAUAAUUUUUUGCACAAUUGGUUGUAAUUUUUAUUGUUGUUCUUUUUUCGAGUGAGAAAAAAGAGUUUUAAAGUUUUUUUUUUUUUUUUUUUUUUUUUUUUGUACUUAUGUGUAUGUUUUACGUACUGUUUCUUUUCUCCUUUUUUUUUUGCCAUCUUUUUCUUGUGUAUUUUAUAUGGUCACGUAUUUUUUAUACAUUAUUUUAUUUAUGGGUUUAUAUAGCGUCGUGCGAGUUUAUUAGAGAGGUAAAAAGAUGCGGAGAUGUUGCACGUGGAUGCAUUAUAUGUUUUUUUUAGGGUACUUAUUUUUCCCAAUCGUGAUAUAAAUGUUAUUUUUAUUUUAUGUAAUUCGGUGGUAGGAUUGUUUCAGGUUGUGAGAAUGGCCAUAUUUUAUUGAGGGGUUUGGUCUCAAUCUUGGGAUGAGAAGUUCUUCUUAAAUGCCCUUGAAAAACCUCUGUUCUGAUUUUUGAAUGAAUUAAUUUGUGAAUUUUGAAUUAUUUCCCUCGCUUGGCUCAGGCAUAGAGAGAUGUAAAAAUACUGGUAUUUUUUUUCUGUGUAAUAGUGUUUAAUACAGGAUGGUAAUUUACUUUGAAAUGAAAAUCUGAUACUUUAUUUUCGUAUUUUCUUUCCCCCGAGCCAAAAAACUCAUCAAAUUAGCUCGAAUACAGUUAAAUUGGUAGCGAUGGCGGGUUGAUUAAUUUGGUUAAUGGAAUAAAAUGUGCUGGGACAAAGCGUUUGUAUCUCUGUCUUCUUACUUGCAAAUUUUAUCGCUUAUUAGUUAUUAUAAUAGAAAAGAGCAUUCCAUUCGGUUAGUAAAAUUGACUAAUCUACAAAAGUUGUAAAAAGAUCAUGAAAUUUCAGAAAAAUUCAACAAAAAUUGGAUGAAAAGGUGUUUAAAACAUGCUAAAAUGACAUAAAAAUGCAAAAUAAAGAUUGAAAAUUGGUAAAAAAUUGACAAAAGAUGAUGAAAUUUUUGUAAAAUUUUAUAAAAAUUGUACAAAAAAAUGUUCAAAACAUAUUAAAAGACUGAGUAAGUAACUAAAAAACUGAAAAAGUAUUAAAAUCAACUUCAAAAAUUCAAAAAAUAUUAAAAAGUAAUGAAAUUUUAACAAAAUUUGGUUAUUUUUCUGUUUUUUUUAAAAAAAACUCUGGCGUAUAGACUCAAACAAUACUGGGUCCAGAGACCGAAAGCAAGCUGAAAGCAAAAAGCCAAAAGCCGUAAAAAAAACAUAUUUUAAAGACUUUUGGAAGCUAAAAGAAAGCUGAGCUUUAUAAAUUUGAAAACCAAAGCCAGCUAAAAGCUUUAUUUUUUCAGCUUUCUUACGGUUUUUUACUGUAUUUAGUAUUUUUUGUAUUUUGCCUAGUUUUCAGUUUUUGUGUUUGAAAUUUAAAAUUUGUUUUCAAUAUUUUGAAAUGGUCAUUUUUAAGUAAUUUAAAAAUAUUAGAUUACUUAUAAAAAAUAUUUUUAAAAGUGAAAAGUUCAAAGUGUAAUUGUAAGAAAAGCGUGGGGUGGAAGGCUUGAAAAAUUAAAUACAUAUAAUAUAAGAGGGGCGUCUCAAAAGUAAGUUUCGCUAUUUUUUUUCCAGAACUACUGGACCAAACUAGAUGAAAUUUUAGGGAUAUUCAAGUUUUGAGUUGCUGGUAACACUGUAAUUUUUUCAAGUCCCUAUGUUGAAGUGAUCGCAUGCAGUUGCUUCUCAAACAUUGAGGGAGGAUUUGUCCUGUACCUGGCCUCAAAAUACCUCACAUGAUACGAUUAUUUAAGUCUACUGGUAAAAAUGUUAUUCAAAUUCACCAGGAAAUGCAUUGAAUGCAUGAACCACUCACAACGUUUGGUCCAUGCACUGGACACAUUUCCUCGUGAAUUUGAAUAACAUUUUUACCAGUAGACUUGAGUAAUCGUAUCAUUAGAGGUAUUUUGAGGCCAGGUACAGGACAAAUCCUCCCUCAAUGUUUGAGAAGCAACUGCACGCGAUCACUUCAACAUAGGGACUUGAAAAAAUUACAGUGUUACCAGCAACUCAGAACUUAAAUAACCCUAAAAUUUCAUCCAGUUUGGUCCAGUAGUUCCGGAGAAAAAAAUAGCGAAACUUACUUUUGAGACGUCCCUCGUAUAUCAGGCUUGUAGGACCACUUAGGUUUUGCGGUUGCUCCAAAAUCAAGGUCCUAGUUUAGAGCUUUCAAAUAGUCUGGUCCGGUCAUUCGGUUCUGCAUUUUUUGUCUUUGUAGGUCGUUGGUCCGGUCCACUCCUGACCAGAAAUUUUCAUCGUGGUCAUGGGUCAGCCCUAGUCCAAAAAACAGUCUUCAUUUUUCAGAAAUAAAAAAGCUUCCUAACACAUAAGAUGAGUUGAAAAAUGGAAUCUUUACUUUCAAAACAUUGAAACUUCGAAAAAAAUUAAAUCACAAUGGAAAUUUAUUCAAAAUAGGGAUCUAAAAUGGUAUUAUACAUUUGAAAAAUUGGACGUAGUAACUGAGGUCCAUUUCCAAACCAUGGUUAUUGGUCCAAUUUCUUAGAAAGGUCUUUGGUCUCGGUCUGUCCCUGUUAUUUUUUCUGAAGAGGGUCAUCUGUUUGGUUAAUAUUUACAUACAUUUUUUUUUAGAGGUCUAAGGUCCAGUCCGGUCCACUCGGUCUUGUGUGCAUUUUUGGGUCCAGUCCGGUCUGACAAGCCUGACAUAUAUACCAAAAAUGCCAAAAUCUUUUAGCUUUUGGCUGACAAGCUGCAGAGCUGUGGGACCAAAACGAUCCCAAAACCGGAACCCAUUAAGUAUAUCUCAAUUCAAAUUCAAUCCCAUAACCAAAAUCGUUAUUUUUCUUUAUUCUGAAACCAAAAAAAAAUCCCAAAUUGAUAUAAUUUUGAACCCAAAACAAUCCCAGAAGCCCAGAAUUGAAUCAAAAUUGGUACGGUUUCAGGAUUUCAAUUUUUGCCUUUCUUCCGUGACUUAAAUUAAUUUUGAUACUACCAUUUUAGAUUAUUUAUCAUCAUUCAUUCAGAUUAUAAUAACAAUUUUUUUACAAGUUCACCAAAUUUGCAUUUAAAACGUUAAACCAAUUACACCAUUGCAUUCCCCAUUUCAAAACGUCCCAUUUUUUUAGACCCCUUGCAUGGUCUAUUGGUCAGUUUGGGCUAAUAAAAUUGGUUUAAAUGGAAAUCCUGAAACUGGAACUGAAACAAUUUUUUCAAUCCCGAAACAAAUCUCAAAACCAAAAUGAAAAUUUAGAACAAAUCGCAAAACAAAUCCAAUCCCGAAAGGCCGAAAUGAAUAAAUUUCGAUCCCAAAACCAAAAUCCAAUCCCAAAAUCAUCUGGGUCUCACAGCUCUGCCAAGCUGAAAGACAAAAGCUGAAAAUGAAAUACCCGUAUUUUUACAUCUCUGCGCACACACCGUUGAACAUGCCAAUAAUGUUAUUGAAUGCGUUUGGGUUGUGCUGUUGAACAUGGUGUACUAGUGUUAGCUGGCAUUAUACAGUUGCGCAUGCGCUGUUGAGCAUAUUUGAAGACGUGCAUGCGCAGUGGAGCAUGUUGUUAAGUGGCGCAUGCGCAGUGGAGCAUGUUGUGAAGUCGCGCAUGCGCAUUGCAGCAUGUUGUGAAGUCGCGCAUGCGCAGUGCAGCAUGUUGUGAAGUCGCGCAUGCGCAGUGGAGGAUGUUAUGAAGUCGCGCAUGCGCAGUAGGGUGUGUUAUACUAGGGUGGCCCUUAUUUAUACUUGGUGGAAAAAAAAAAUUUGAAUUUUUUUCGGGACACCCCCUAGUUUGGUGCCACUCCAUGAGAAAAUAGCGCAUAAAAAAUUUCAACUCCAUUGAUGCAUAUUUACCCGUGCCGCACACCACUUUUUGUAAUGAUAGCGUCACGCGCGCGAGCUCAGUACUAUUCCACUACAGACCCGUGGCAAACGAAACGUACAUUAACGCGCCUCAACUUCAACUUGUUUUUUCAAUCUUAAACGUUCGGGUUUGUCCUAACUAGAGGAUGUUCGAAGUCAUGCUGUUUGGGGUGAGGUGUUCAUGUCAUUCUGCCGACAAUAUUUGUAAUUCUUGAGACAAAACUCAAGAUUUUAACCCAAUCGAUGGGUACAAAAAUGUUAAAAAAGGGAGUGAUACUGUUUGGAAGAAAAAUACAAUACUAAUUCGAUUUUUUUUAAUUUUAUGUAUUAUUUUAUAUAAUUUUUCAAUUUAAAUGGCCCAAGCGAACUGAAAGCAAACGUUUUGGAAAAUUUAUAAUUCAAAAAAUAGAACUAUUUACUUCAAAACAAUGGGUUUUUUUAACAUCAGCAAUUAUUUUAAAAAUUUAAUCAAUAGUUUUUUUAAAUUGCAGGGCUCGUACUCAUUUUUUCCAAAAAAAAAAAAAAAGGCCAAUCCAGCAUUCAUUUAUUAGUUACCCAAAAAACUCGAAAAAGUAACCAAAAAAGUGACAAAACAUGUGCAAUACAUUUCAAUGCACAAAAAAAUCACCAAAAAAACUAGAACUUUUCGCUUUUAAUCAAAAUGUCAAAAUGAAAUUCAAUAAUUUUAGCAAAAAGCGGGACUCUUUGGCAAUUAGGUACUGCCCAGGAAGUACUUUUUGGCAAUUUUGGAUUAAAAAUUGAAAAUCGCGAUUUCUGAGAAUAAUAGUGCGACUUUUGAAUAUUUCAGCAAAAAAAUGGCUUGUUAGUUAGGGAUUUUUGGCAAAAAACUACACAUUAGAACAAUUUAUUGGAAAAGAGUGGGAGCUUUUUGAUGCAAAAAACAACACAAUUCUUAGCAGAUUUUGGCAAAAAAAGAAAAUUCUACAUAAUUUUGGUAAAAUGCGAGCUUUUUUGCCAUUUUGAUAGAAAACGAGACUGCGACAAUAAUUUCAGGAAAAAGCAGGACUUCAUAGCAAUUCUCAGCUCAAAAGCGAAACUUUUUAUGUAGCAAGAUUUUUUUCAUGGUAAAUUAACAGAAUUGGGAACGGGCACCUUAAUACGGUGGAUUAUUCAGUUUUGAACGAAAGUAUUAUUUACAUUUUUUUCACUGUUGUUUUUGGCCAAAUUACAAUUUACGGGUAAUUACCGGGCGAUUUAAAGCGAAGUGAGCAAACUAACCAAGUAUUUUUGGUUUGUUUGCUCAACAAAUCAGUCGACAAUAUUUGGUUAGUUCGCUCACUUCGCCUCAAAUCGCCUGGUAAUUACCCGUAAAUUAUAAUUUGGCCAAAAACAACAGUGAAAAAAAUGUAAAUAAUACUUUCGUUCAAAACUGAAUAAUCCACCGUAUUAAGGUGCCCGUUCCCAAUGGACUUCAAGCCUUUUUAAGAAUAAUGGACAAAAAGUAAUGGUACUAUUUGGCAAUUUUUGGCAGCAAACUGAUCUCUAUAGUGGGGAAAACCAAACACUGAUCUUCAAGGGCAUAUCCCUCUUCCCUCCUAUGCAUGCAUACACCCAAUAAAGAACUUGAUAAGCUACCUGGAAUCAACAACCAACUUACAACAUGUAAGAGAUAAAGGACCGGGGUGCAAGGAGUCUCAUUCCCCACGCGUUAUCGUGGAGAAAUCCUGAACUCGCGCGCCUGAUGCUUACAUUUCAAAAAGGGGCGUGCGGCACGGGUUAAUAUGCAUUGAUUGAGCUAAAAAUUUGUGUACGUCAUUUUCUCAUAAAACAGCACCAAACUAGGGGGUGUCCCAAAAAAAAUUCCAAAAUUUUUUUUAAGGGCCACCCUAGUGUUAUACCGACGUUAUAUGCAUGUUUAACUGGUGUUUUCUGUGUGCACACGUUAUUUACGCUGCAAGAGUAUAAUGCUAGCACAACGCGAGCAAAUAUCAAAAUGCUCCAAAAAAUCACUUCUCUGCGUUAGCGUGAACUGUGUUGAAGAUAGAUCCAAAUUUUAAUCAGGGAUCCUACUUUUGGUGUCAGAAAAGUCAUAAAAUGACACAAAAAUCACAAGUUUUAAUUCAAUUCCCCUUCCUUCUGAUUUUGAUGUUUGUUUUUUUUUAGUGAAAACUUGCAAACUGAAUCUGUGUAAUAUGGUCAUUCUCUAUCUAUUUCAUUACAUAACUAAUUAGCUGGUCACUUCGAUAGGAUCUCAUUCUGAUUUAGGUAUUUUUGCGAUUCCCAAUCACGAAGGGAAAUCUGCAGUUGAAAGAAUCGAGUUGAAAAAUAAUUGUAAUAUCAAAAAGAGAAUAUUUUUUUCAAACAUGUUAAAAUCACCUACUUUAAGAUCUAAGAUUAUAACAAGAUGAAUAUUUUUUCGAAAUAAUUGUGAUACGCUUUCUUUAUUAGAUUAUUCUAAGUAUAUUUUUUUUCUUUAUUAUAUAUUUGCUGCGUUGGUUGAUGAAACUUUACCACUUUUUGAUUAACUUUACCUAGUCACGUAUGGAAAAUUUUGUUUUAUUUUUUUUCCUUCCUAAACUUACGAUGAAGAUUUUCAAUUUAUUGUAGUAAAUUAUUACUUUUUUUUUUUUUUUUGAUUAUUUCAUUAGCAUAAAAUGUUAACUUUUUAUCGCGACGAUUUGUUAACGAGUCAAAAUGAUUUAUUUAUUGUGCAAUAUUAUACGUUUACCAAAAUGA